AUGGGGUAUCAACAGCAAAUUCUGCUACACCACCUGGGGCAGAGCAUAGCAGCGUCGAAGAUGCUGCGAGUGGCUGCAUACUUCCUCCUGGCUGUGAACCUGCUCCAGUGGCAAUCUGGCCCCUCUUUUCACACCGAUGCAUUGCAACAGCCUUUCAGUUCUUCUCGUGUCCUGGGCAUGGGCCCACUGUCCCCCUCCAAUGAAGAGAAGUCGGCUGCCGAUCUGGCCACAAAGCUGCUGCUCCUAGACGAACUGGUGUCCAUCGAGAAUGACGUCACGGAGACCAAAAAGAAGCGCAGUUUCCCGGGGUUCGGCUCCCCCCUCGACAGGCUUUCGACUGGCUCCCUGGAUCUGAAAGCCAAGCAGAGGAAAGUGGUGGAAGUGCCAAAGCGGCGGUUUGGGAUUCCUCUAGACCGGAUUGGGAUGAACCGCUUGAGUAACUCCAGGGGUUAGUGGAGGCAG